AAAAGUCACUUUUUCGAAAGCUAUUUCAAACAGAAUAUUUUUUUGUUACAUUUCAAAAUUCUAGGCUCCUUGCUACGAUAGAAAUGUCAAGUGUAUAAACUUGACGAAAAAAACUUACAAACAGUGUCAGGGAUGGCAGGGUAUUCCAGUACCUGAAAGCGAAGGUAUUUCAAGUGCCUUUGAUAUUAAGGUGCUAACAGCAAACAUUUCGGAGUUAAUGAACAGCAUUGCUCUUGCGCAAGAAAUCGUUGCACUCUGCCCAAGAUGCGUUAUCUUUGGACCAGCUUAUUACUCAUCGAUAGAUCAGUGCUUGCAAAGGAUCAGCACAGAUCGUGAAGGAUGGCCAAAGCCGUUUCAGUGGUGUGAUUUGUUUCAGUCUUCUGAUAAUUGUAUUGCACACUAA